ACGAUGCUGCGUGCGCAGCUCUCCGUCUGGAGUCGCUACGACGGGACCGCAAUGAAGAGAUAAAUGGCACCCUUAUCUAUUUAUUUCUAAGUCUCACGGAGCUCGGUCAUCGUUAAUUAGGAGAGAGUGGCUCGAUAAAACAGCCGCGGACACUUCAAAGGGCUUCUUACAAGAAUAAUGGACGAAACCUGUCACUGACUUGAUGAAGAUUGAUAUUCAGGUUGAAUCAUGGAGGGUAACGAUGACAAGUCUGUAACCAUGACCCAGCCACAGACUGAAGUGUGCAACUCUGAGGCGGGAGGAGGAGGAGAGGUCUCCAGCAAAGUGGAAGAUGGAGUAAAUCCACUCACUCCUGCUGAUUCCUGUGAUGCUAAUAUGACAGGACUGACUAAAGGAGGCCUCUCGAACCUGACAGACACUCCUGCACCCCCAGUGGUGAGUCCCACUGCUGAACCUCCAGGAGGUGUGGCUCUUAAAGUGGCUACCACUGUACUCCACCCAGUUUGUCUGGGUGAGAGCCCGCUCAUGCUGCCCAUUCACCUCCAGAUGGCCGGAGCAGCCGGGCCUCAGCUCGGACAGAUGGGGGCAGCACCGUACUUGAUAACGAGCCAAAGCCCAGUUUCACUACCCCUGGUCUUGGAUCAGCAGGUGAUUCAGCACAUGAGUCCUUCUGUAAUCCCUCAGACCACCAACUGUGCACAGCUCCAGAACAACGUGCUGUUACAGAGUCCUUUGACGUUUGGUUUACCUCCAGCUGUUGAUCAGAAGUCCACAGGACAGACGCAGGAGGCUAACUUGCUCUCUCUCCUGCAGAAUCCAGCUUUUGCUGCCAUCUUGCAGGACCUCUUCCCUUCCCAGGGGAGUUCAUCAAGCUGUCAGUCUCCAGGCUCUCCCUUCUUCCCCCUUCCUCCCCUCACCCCUCCCUACACCUCCCCUCUGGCCCCUCUGGUCCCUCCUGCGACACUCUUAGUCCCAUACCCGGUCAUCAUUCCUCUGCCUGUGCCUCUGCCAGUCCCUCUCCCCAUCCCUGUCCCUCAGACCGAGGACUCAAAGGGUAACAUGCCAAAACCAGUUUGCACUGUGAGUAAAAGCACUCAGACUUCGCCAAAAGAUACUACCUCCCCCUCGCAGUCUUCAAGGAAAUGCAUGCCUCCGUUCCAGCCACAAAAUGUAUCCCCAUCCUCACUUCCUUUAGAGGAAGGACAAGCUCUGGACCUUUCUGUCAGGCCAUGUCCAGUUGAACCAAAACAGGAAUAUCCCAGUCCACAGCAGGACAGUGUGCUGGAUUUGUCAGUUCCUGGUGUGAGGAAAAAGUGUGCUCAGUCAGACAGAGAAGGAGCCUCACAGUCCGGCCCGGAUGGCAGCGGCACAUCUUUGUCUCUGGGCGUCGAUUCCAAACUCCUCGGCAGUCUGGCAUCGCUGGAGUUCAGCCGGCAGCAUAAGUGGUUGGUUGACAGCAGUGCUGCUGGGUCUAGUUCUUUGAGUCAGGAGGCGUCUCUUAGCGGCGCUGGAAACCUCGAGAUAGUGAGCACCUCGCAGACAGCCAAGGUCAUUGUCUCAGUGAAAGACGCAAUCCCCGCCAUCCUCUGCGGAAAGAUAAAAGGCCUUUCAGGAGUCUCAACCAAAAACUUCUCCAUAAAACGGGAUGGCAGCCAGGGGGCAGCUCUGCAGCAGCUCUACGGUGUGCCGUCGGGAUCCCACGGGGAGCAGCACGACCCCAACAACCCUCUUAAGAAGGUCUCUAAAAGCAGAGCUAUCAAACUGAAGAAGGUCAGCUCACAGGAGAUCCACUUCCUUCCCAUUAAGAAGCAGAGACUGGCAGCGCUGCUCCCCAGGAAGUGAGCUCGCUCACUGGGGAGGGAGACUAAUCUGUGGACUAGUUUUCUGGUAAUCCCUCCAGAGAGUAUAACAUAAAACACAUGUGGGACAUUCUGUAAUCAAAUUGAAACGCUUGUGUCCAACCAAAACUCAGAGUCUGGCUUUAAAAGCGGGGCUCUGACAAUGUGACACAGUAGUUACACAAACGGUUUCUUCUGAGUUUUUUCUUUUAUGAUGCACUAGUCUCUACAGUGUUUUACUAAACCAUAAAUGUUUCAGUGUACGGCAGCUUAGUAUGCUCUCUGUGAGUCAGAGAUGUCUGUGAUUCAUGGUAACAGCAAAGACACAAGUUCGAUUCCUCCGUUUGGGUUUAUGGUUUGUUUCCACAUGUAUUAUGUUUUAUAUUUGGGUGCACUGAAGAGCGUGUACUGCAGGACGUGACUGAGGCUGUUAAAACAUGUCCCAUCAGUGGAAAUUCACAUGGUCAUCAGUAGCUCACUGGAGCGAUUCAUUCUUUCCUGAUUGGUUGGGAUUUAGCAUGACAGGCUCAUAAUGACUUGGCGAAGCCUGAGCCACAGUUUCAUUAAAUGAAUGUUGGCAGCAGCCACUGAUCACAGCAAAAUAUGUUCUUAUUUUAACAACAAUAGGGAAUAAAAGAAGCUUCUUAAUUACUUUCAUGUUUAAACUGACCUUUCUAUCCAAAAAUGAGGAAACUACUAAAAGAGCUAUUAUUGUUGAUGGCUAAAUUAGCCAAAGCAGCAAGUGUAUAAAGCACUGUAACUCCCUGCUGUUUCCACUUAUUAAAGGGGACCUAGUCUACUUUUCCUUGUUUCCUAUCAUAUGAAUAUUGUUACAAUGGCUGAUGUUCAUUGAUGAGGUCAGUGUAUGUACAAGUAAUCCUGAAACCCAAAAACUUAUGCUUCAGACUCAAAGCUCGACUUCAGCUUUUGUUUUGUUUCAUCUCAGGCACACUUACUGUUCAAACUUCGUCUCCAAGGAGCAGCCAAUCAGAAGAAAGUAAAGAGAAGCGGAGCUAAACUUGCUCAUUUCUGUAGAAUGUAGCUGUGUUCGGGGGACCCGGCCUUCGUGGUCUACGUGUGCCGGGUCCUUUGAAGGCCGGAAGUGCGAGGCUCUACCAUCUAACACUUCUGUUUAAUCAGUUUUCUGUUUGAUGUUUAUUCAGCUGUGUGAGAACUAUAACUUUAAUCUCAGCCAAACCGAUUUACUCAAACAAAUAAAACAGAAAAAAGCCAAACAAUACAUUUUUUAUGUUAUCUAAGUGUCUUGCAUAUCAUAAUCUUAGUAACAAAAGACCGCAGGAGGUCCGACAAUGAUGUACCGGGAGUUUGCUGUUCUCACCGGCUCUAGCGAGCCUAGCUGAUCCCCGGCUAGCUAUCGAGCUGGUGGGUAACAGACUUCUGUGAAAACGUCAGAGCACUUUUGCAAAUAUGUGAUAU